GGAGAUGAAGAUAGAGCUGGAGAGAGAGAGCGAGCACAAGCAAGAAUAAGCAAGCGCAACAGAGGGAUACACUGGCAAGACUUCAACGCAUCACAGUUUGAACGCAGAGCGCAGUAAAUGAAGGAAUCAGUAGAUCAAACUCAAAAGAGGUUUGAUACCUACCCACCUAAUUUUUUUCUGCCGGGACUGCUGACUAUUUGAUGUGCACCGCCGGACGUCUCUGGGGAAAGCAUCUUCAUGGUAUGUUGAGAUGUGAAGGCUGCAGAAGUGUGUGCAGAACAUGCACUUGUGGAUGCUGGAUGUCGAGCAAAUGCGUGACAGAUGGCAUUGACAACUCUUGGAGAGCAAAGGAUUGCUGGAGGACAGAGCUGAAUCUGAAGUGCUGGUCCUCAGAUCAGAUCUUACAGGACGACUCGGACAAAACAAGCUAAGAGGCCCAAUUUUCACCUUCACGCUGUAUUUAAGAGUUACGACUGUUUGCCCUUGAGAGGAUUUCCCCAAAAAUAAGUGACGUGAGUUUUUUAAUAACUCUACAACGGAGCAAGAAGGUCACCUUCAGUGAUGGGACAGGAAAUGACAUCACCGCCACCCAGAGUGAGACCCGCCUCCUCGUGCUGACCUAAACAAUUCCUUGUCCUUGCUUUCCUUGGCAGAUGGCACAUGCAAAUCAGAAAAAGCAAAUCAAUAUGGAUUUAUUGCCAACCAGGGCUCGUAAAACUGUAAUGGAAAUACGUCGGCAGUAAAGGAGCGGCAUCCAAUCUGGUUACAGGAAUUCUUCUUAUGACUGACUGACAGAUACGGAUAUAAUAAUCAAUAAAUAAAAAGUCAGAAUGUUCCCAUUUUCAUUUUAAAAGACAAUAAGGUUACUGAGGUAAUCUAUGUUGAGUCUAGACCAAACAAAUCCUUUGGUUUAGCAAAACUAAAGAAGUUGCUGCCAACUGUUCUGCGUGACCAUAAAGUGAAAACAGUGCUGGAUUACGAGGAUUAUAAACUGCAGGAAACUUCCUUGAAAGGCCAUGACUGGGGUUGGCGGACAUCUUUUACCCCUUCCACGCUCCCCCCGUCCCGAAUCUUGACUCUUGAGGUUGACUGAGAAGCUGGAGAGGGAUGUGAUAAUGCACGUCCCUCCCGCCACGGAAGAAGAAAUCACCAUGAAUAACGUUACUGUCUUUGACAUCACCGAAUCCGUGAGUCCCGCCAUGACGGCGGCCGGCCCACACCCCUAUCCCCUCAGCUUCCAGGUCUCCCUGACCGGGUUCCUGAUGCUCGAGAUUGUGUUGGGUCUGAGCAGUAACCUGACUGUGCUGGCUCUUUACUGCAUGAAGUCCAACCUGGUCAAUUCAGUGAGCAACAUCGUCACCAUGAACCUUCACGUGCUGGACGUGCUGGUGUGCGUUUGCUGCAUACCGCUCACCAUCGUCGUAUCGAUGUUGUCGCUUCAAGGAGACACGGUUCUCGUCUGUUGUUUCCACGAGGCUUGCGUGUCGUUCGCCAGCGUCGCUACGGCGGCCAACGUUCUGGCCAUCACGUUAGACCGAUACGACAUUUCCGUCAAACCGGCCAAUCGCGUGCUGACUAUGGGACGGGCGGUGGCCCUGUUGGGUUGCAUUUGGGUUUUGUCGUUUGCCAGCUUCCUGGUGCCGUUUAUCGAGGUGGGUUUCUUGGGACCGGAGCCCGCCAAGGCCAAUCAGACCGCCGUGGUUCAUGUCAAUGAGUAUUACACUGAACUGGGUCUCUACUAUCACUUAGUGGCCCAGAUACCCAUUUUCUGUUUGACUGCUAUCAUCAUGUUGGUGACCUACACGAGGAUCCUGCAGGCGCUCAACAUCCGCAUCGGCACGCGCUUCCACGCCUCGCAGAAGAAGAAGAAGAUGAGAAGGAAAAAGAACUUUUCCCUCAUGUCCACAUCCGAGCAGCAGCUGCCGGAAAUCACGGACGGCACGCAGAGCAGCCGGGGAAACCGUGCGAGCGCUCCGCUGGCCAUGCGCACGUCCGUUUCCGUCAUCAUCGCGCUGCGGCGGGCCGUCAAACGUCACCGGGAACGGCGGGAACGGCAAAAACGUGUCUUCCGUAUGUCGCUGCUCAUCAUCUCCACUUUUCUCUUCUGCUGGACACCGAUUACUGUUUUGAACGCUGUGAUCCUCAGCACGGGUCCAAGCGAUCUCAACGUCAAGCUCCGACUGGGAUUCCUGGUCAUGGCCUACGGCACCACGGUCUUUCAUCCUCUCCUCUACGCCUUCACGAGACAAAAGUUUCAGAAAGUCCUAAAAAGUAAAAUGAAGAAACGGGUGGUGUCGAUUAUCGAGGCGGAUCCGCUGCCGAACAACGCAGUCAUAAAAAACUCCUGGAUUGACCCCAAGCGGAAUAAAAAAGUGACGUUUGACGAUCACGAAGCCCGACAGAAAUGUCUGUCCUCAGAAGACGCAGACUAAAUAGGCACUGGGUCUCAAUAAAAGCACUGUUAUUUAUAAUGUAAAUAUAUUAGUCUUUAAUAGCAGGUAUCAAAUAUUCUGUUACUAUUUGUAUUUAACUUGGAAUAUAAUAUGAUUGUAGAAAGAAGGUGCAUGCCCUUUAUAAGACACUGUGUGUAAAUAUAUCAAAGCUGAGAUUUGUAUAUACUCUUUAUCACUUAUGUACCUAUAUUAUGACCUGUAGCCAUGUGUAUACAUGUAUUUGUAAUAAACUAGGUGGGAAAAAACGCCUUCAAAAUCCACCAGGCCUUUUGACCCAAGUAUACUCGCACUGUGAGCAAUGCCACGUAUUGACCUACAAUAACCGAGCGUCGUCUUCAGUAAACUGUGACUGCAUCUGUGUGAAGUUAAGGAAAUGCACAUGAGACACUGAAAUACAAGGAGACAUCUGGGAGUACAUGCAGCUUUUCUGACCGCCGCUGUUGUCUCUUUAUUUAGUCAAUAUUUUCUGUGUAUCUUCAUAUGUUUUGUCUAUACACCAAGAGUUCGUAGAGAUCUGAACCCCAGCACCUGGCCAAGCCCCCUGGCAUUAUAGGGUCGCCGUGAUCCUCAUUUUUUGUUGUUCCUGGAUCAACGUUGAAAUCAAAGAAACCCCUUAACUCAAACACUAACCAUUUUUUAUCCCCAUUUUACACCCCUUAAUUUUAAUAAAAAAAAUACAUUUUUGUGCUUUAUAGGGGGUCUCUCAAUGUUUAUAGGAGGUCCGGGACCACCCCAGACCCCCUCAAUUCAAGCACUGAUCUAAUAACAGAUGUGCUGUGUUAAAAUCCACAACAAAUAAAAUCAUACAUUCAUACAAUAACUUAAAAUACCUGAAAUUUAAAGGAAUAGUUCACCCCAAAAUGAAAAUUUGCCCAUAUUUUACUCAUCCCCAAGCCAUCUUAGAUUUAUACACUGCAAAAAAAAUAUUUUCAAAAAAAUAUUUUCUUAGUAUUUUUGUCUUGUU